GUUAGUUAGGUAGUAGGUAUUAAAAUUCAUUAAAUUCAGCCACCAAAAGUUAGAAACCAAAUUUCCAAAUAAAAUUUCUCUCUAUUUAUUUAACUACUGUAUCUUGAAAACACACAAGAUUCAAAUUACACAAACCAUUAUAGAUCUCAAAAAUCAAAUGGCCACUGCAAGCAUAGUAGUAGCUAUUAUUUCUUUAAUCUUUGCAUCACUAGCAUCUAAUGGAGUAUCUGCUCCGGCACUGUCACCGGCCUCUGUCGGAGCUCCAUCACCGGAAGGUGCCGGAGCUGCACCGCCGUCUGCAGAUGUUUGCUUAGCAGCAAUAACAAACAUGUCAGAUUGUUUAACAUUUGUGGAAGAUGGGAGUAAAUUGAAAAAGCCAGAUAAAGGGUGUUGUCCUGAAUUAGCAGGGUUGGUUGAUAGCAACCCUAUUUGUUUGUGUCAACUUUUAGGAAAUUCUGAUUCUAUUGGCAUCAAGAUUGAUAACAAUAAAGCUCUUAAGCUUCCUUCUCUUUGUGGUGUCCCUACACCUCCUGUUACUACUUGCUCAGCUGUUGGAGUUCCUGUUUCCUUGCCUCCAUCAAUGAGUGGAGGUUCUAUGUCACCAAAUAUGGCACCAAAAGGAUCAGCCCCCAGUCCUUCAAAUGCAGCUGCUGAUAGUUCCGGUAGUCCAAGCCCUGCCUCUAGGUCUUCUGAUUCUGAACACAAAAAUGGAGCAUCAGUCAUUAAAUCUUCUGACCUUACUUUCAUUUGUGUGCUGUCCAUUUUCUUUAUUUCUAUAUUCUUCUGAUUUUACAGAGCAUAUUUAUCCGCACGCAUUUAUUUCAUAGAUACAAUAGUUAUUACUUCACUUCCUAAUCUAUUUGUGUAUUGAGUGUUUUCCUUUUGUUGUAAUCUGAUUCACUUUAGUGAAUUAUACACUUUGUUUUGAUUAGGACUUGGUGUUGUGCUAUUUAUUCUUAUUUUUUCUUCCCACUUACAUUUUUGCUAUAUAUGUAAUAAUAUAUGUCUUAUUACACCAUGAGAUUUCA